AUGUCCGUUAAAUUGUUCGUUGGAGGUUUGGCGUGGGGAACCGAUGACCGUUCUCUUAGGUCUAGGUUUGAAGAAUAUGGCAACGUUGAAGAUGCCGUUGUGAUUCGUGAUCGUGACACCGGUAAGUUGUGUGUUGACCAAAGGUUAAACGUUGAAACUUCCAAAACAUAUUGUUGGAACAAUCUCACUGCGGAUAUAAGGAUGCUAACCUUAAUAACUGGGUUCAACACCAUCAUUACUGAUGAAUCAGGUGUCACAAUAAUUAUUCGUU